UUACUUUUUACCUGUUGUUUUCUUUUUUACCACUGAUUAUUCCGUACUACCGUUGCGCGGCAGAAUCUAUGCACUUCCGAUCACCCUCGGCGUACCAUCAGCACGUGUUCUUAUCAUUUGUUUGCCAGCAUGGAGGCUCAAGUACUUGCUUGCCUGCUUCUCCUACUGACGCUCAUCGGAGUGCGUAUGCCACGACAUGUGUACGGAGAGGACAAUCUGAGCAACAGGGGUGUUGCCGAGGCAGCUCGGCCUUCGGCACGGCCCGACGUCCGCUCGCCAUCCUCCUCUCCUGUGUCGGCGACGAACCAGGUGUCUGGAACUGGCAUGUCUCACCCUUACGUUGAGAAGGACUUUUUGGUCUUCGGGGCAGUCGUCUUUGACCAUGCGCGAGGGGUAGAAGGCAGACGACAGCUUGGGCGAUGGUGGCGCGACCAUGCACAACGCUGUGAGUUUGAUGUCGUUGUGGAAAUCGACGGCAAGGCGUCAACCUUAUCUUGUCUAGUUCCAGGUUACACAUUGCGGAUCCGCGAAAGAAUGCUCGCCGACAAGUUCAACAGCCGCGACGGUGCGGUGGUUGGCUCCGUAAGCGUCCAUACGAACGAUCGUCGUCGUCGUGUUCUUGGUAAGAGGAACGACCAGGAGGGUGAACGUGAGGAGGACGAUGCGGAUGGGCACGCGGAUGCUAAACAUCGGAAUCAUGGCGGUCCAAUUGGCGCAAGAAAGGAGAUUUUGGAAGUGCGUGUCCAGCACGGGUUGGAACACGAAGAAACGCAGUCGUCGGUUCUGUGGAAGCGGUCCUUUUGGAUUGACCGACACAUGCGCACUCUGUGUGUCAACGUCGAUGCGUAUGCUAUCUGGCGGAACUAUGAGCUUUUCUCCGAGGAAAAGCAGGAGGAGGAGGAGGAGGAGGAGGAGGACGGAGUCGUAGCUUCGGGAAGUCACAGACAACUCGAGAGGCACAAGGGAGGAAUGACAGUGAGACGGCGUCGGACAGCUGCGGGUUUGGCUGGUAGCCGCCGCAGCAGCAGCAGCGAGAUGAGGGCGGAAACAUCCACGGUCCUGGUUCCAUCAGCAUACCUAAUUAGAGCAGAGAGGAGUUCGUUGGAACUUGGACACCUCAUAAUGUCCGCAAGAACGCGAGAAGCUGUCAUGGCGGCGGCAGCGGCUCUGAAAGACACGUGCCCGUGGUUGGAAACGUGGGAUCGAAUGGGCCAGCGGCAGCCGUCUACAGAGUCCGAUUAUUUCGAAGCGGCUCAUCCCACGGCGUCUUGUGGGCGGGAUGAGGGGUGGGAAAGUCAUCAUGACUUUGACCACAACGGGCACCCUUUGACAGCAGCAGAGGGGCAGCGAAGUUUUUCAUCCUGCGUGUUUCGUUUUGACCGUAGGGCCCCUUAUUGCCAGCACCACUCAGGAGCAGCAGCAACCUCUCCGGCAAUCUCAAGGGCGACAACACAAGAACAAGGAGCGCGAAACGGAACGGUCGUUUCUUUCUGUCCGCAGCAGAGAUGGCGUUACAGCGAGAAGUGGAGCGAGCAUGAUGGAGGAGGAGGAGGAGGUGUUGAGUCACAAGACAAGUAUCUGAUCUCGCAAUUCGCCGGUCGACGUUGCACAUAUUACUCAUCAGAUUGCCCUUUGCCGACGUCGAUGACCGCUUCGCAGUUCCUUGAAAGCGACACCGAGUGCGGGGCAGAGGAUAGAAGCGCCCGCCUGAGCGAGUGUGGACAGCAUCAUCCCAGAAUAAACGCAGCAGCUGUUGGGUCUGUCGACGAUGAUCGAGCUUGUACUGCCAGCGAAGGAAGGAAAGGAAGGGGGCUCUUCAUGGCAGAGGAGGGAGAGGACAUGCCGUUGACGUCAUCGCGCGUGGACGAUGACGUCAACGACAGGUCUGGACACGGUGUGAUGGCACCCGUGGUAAUCGGCGUCGCUUCCGAGCUUGCAGCCAUAGCCACCACCAUAGCCUGCCUUCUUCUCGCUGUUCGUUUUCGGCGUUGGGUCGUAGUUGCCCUGAAAGCUCUGCUGUCGGAGCUUCUCUUGAUGAGAUCGGGAUCGGGAUCGGCACCAGCAAGCAGCUCGCCCACGGCGAUUGCCGUGGCUGAGCCCAGUGAGUCAGACGACUGUUGGAUGGCGAAACCCCCCCACGCUCUCGAUUUCCAAUGGACGCUCCAUUCAUCGUUGAGAACGAUGGAGGCGCGCCAAUCAAACUCGGCAUGGGUGGGGGCUCAUCAUGAGAGGUCAGGCAAAUCGGCGGCGGGAACAGAUCUGUCGCCAGCGGAUCCAGACAGUCCACACGCGGAGCCUGCGGCAGCAGCAGCAGCAGCAGCGACCGCUCGUCCGUGGACGCUGCGGACCGUAGCGCCAUCUCUUGAGGCUGUGGGGACCACUAGUGAUUCUUUCGGCUACUUGAAGCACAGGUCUGGCGGAAGCAGCAAGUACCCACGCGGCGGCGCGAACGAGACAGUCCUAGCAAGCGGAGAAUCAUCGGCGUCGCAGUUUUGGGAUCAAGUGGAGCGACUGUGCUUUCGGUCGUCCUCGUUUGACCAGCCGCUGAUUGGUAAUUACAAUUGCGACGCCCUCCGCAUCAGUGGCAGCAGCAACGAAUCUAGCGAUCGCUCACAGCCGCCGACCGCGAUGAUGUGCCGAUGGAACCGGGACAAGGCAGGGAGGUUGCAGAGAGAAGAAAUUUUCCGAGUUGAUUGAGUAACUGCCAAGUGCCAUGCCCAGAAGU